AUGUCCCGUGUUGGAACAAAGAUGAGCUUCAAUUCAGAGCCGAACGCGUAUUUUUCAUUUCGAGAGUUUGCAUUUAUUUUGGAAGGCGAUGUGCACUUGAGAUACCUCAGCUUCAGCGAUCCUCUUGAGUUCGAAAGGGAACUUUGUAAAGCGAGUCCAUAUAAAUUAGAUAUUGGAGCAGUGUACAACUAUCCCCCAAAAGAAAACAAGAGACAUGCCAACUUUCAUCCCGUUGAACGUGAAUUAGUUUUUGAUAUAGACUUAACAGAUUAUGACGAUGUACGGUCGUGCUGCAAAGAAGCAAAGGUGUGCGCUAAAUGCUGGCGGUGGAUCUGUAUUGCCAUUCAAGUCCUUGAACACCACUUGCGCAAGGUAUUUGGUUUCAAACAUCUGCUUUGGGUUUUUUCUGGCAGACGUGGAAUUCAUUGCUGGGUAGCCGAUCAAGCUGCGAGGAAGUUAUGCAGUGGAACCCGUUCAUUUGUUGCUCGAUAUCUUUCUCUUGUUGUUGAAUUUCAGGGAAGUAGUAAAACAGUUGUGAUGAAAGGAAAAAAGGGCUACAUCCAUCCUUUAAGACGAAAAUCGUAUGAAAUAAUUAUCGAAAGCGAACAUUUAGAAAGGCUGGUUUUUGAGCAAGGGUGGAUGGAGGAUGAUAAAAUCGAUGAAAUAGUUAGUACAUGUACGGCAUCAGAAGUGAAGUUGGAACUGGAGAAGAUUAUAAACGAUGUGAAGAACGAACCGUCAUUGGAAAAGCGGUGGCCGAAUCUUAGAAGGAGGCUUGAUCCAGUCAUGAUAGCAAAAUGUGGUGCUAGCGAAGAGGAGGUAGGGAGCAGUGAUGCAAUAGCUCACUUCCAAGGUUUUAUCAUGUACCACUCCUAUCCACGGUUAGACGUAAAUGUUACAACGGGGCUUAACCACCUGUUAAAAAGCCCUUUCUGUGUUCACCCAAAGACGGGUUGCGUCGCAGUCCCCAUAACUUCUGCACAAGCUAAAAAUAUUGAUCUCGCCAACGCCCCUCGCAUUGAGUUCGUUGUACUUCUGGCGGAGUAUCGAAAUGCGAGUAAACCCGAUAUGCAGCAAGAAAACAGAAUUUUAGGGUAUAAGCAUACGUCGCUCGCCCCUUAUGUUGAGACGUUCGAAAGGUUUGUCCGAGAGAUAGUUGAAGGCAAAAAGGAGGACUAA